AUGCCCAACGUUGAUCUUAACCCUUGUGUCUACCUUAGUAAGGCAAUAUCUACGACACAAUUUUUUAAAGCUCACCCUGUCGUGCGUGUGAAUAUAGAAAAUAUCUGGGCCAAAUUUUACGUUAUCGCUGUAACAGUGGUAUUAGCGAUAUCGAUCGCUGUUCAUCACGGGCUGAAGUCUUUUCGGAAUCGAUUUUGCUAG